AUGGCGGUGGCCGCAGCAGGUCGUGUGCUGACGCUGUACCCGGCACUUCAGUCUGAGGGAGUUGGGGACCGGGGCGGGAAACGCAGCGCUGGAAUCAGGUGGAACGCGCCGGGACGAUACCUCACGCGCGCCGGGACGACACCUCACGCGCGCCUGGCCUCUCGCUGCGCAUGUGCGGCACCUCAGCGCGGGCAUUCUGGGAGAUGUAGUUUGCAGUCGGAGGAAACACGCUCCAGCGAGCCCCGCGCGAGGCGGCUUCUUUUGCGUAUGUGUGCCCUCCAAGUCCUCACGGUGGUGACCCCGCGCGGCGGUGAGGCCCGACAGGUUAAGCCCCUCACUUGGCUGGCCUUGAUCGGGGCUGGAGGUUCGCCGUGCAGAGGAAGAUGGCGCGGGUAUGAGAUCUCUGCCUUCACCCAAGGGUUACAGAAAAUGACCAAGUCCCAGAGACCAGUAACAUUCAAGGACGUGGCUGUGGAUUUCACCCAGGAGGAGUGGCAGUAUCUGGGCCCUCCCCAGAGGGAUCUGUACUGGGACGUGAUGCUGGAGAACUAUAUCAACCUCAUCUCAGUGGGAUAUAAAACCACCAAGCCUGCUGUGAUCUACCAAUUGGAACAAGGAGAAGAACCAUGGAUGGUGGAGAGAGAAAUCUCAAGUUGGAGAUACCCAGUCCAAGCGUGAGAAAAACAUCAAGAAAAUCUCAACAGGGGAACAUUCCACAAAAUCCCUGACCAGUACUUCUCAAAACUGUUGAGGUUAUGAAAACAAGGAAAGUCAGAGAAACUGCUUCAGCCAAGAGGAGCCUA